CCUCGCGCAACGAUGGGCCAUGAACAGUGUCGUUAUUAUAAUAAACAGCGUUAGAUUUCGGUGUCGAUUGUUUCAGCAGAAAUGAAUUUGUUGUGCUUUGCUUUGAUCCUGGUUUCCGUUGGAGCCCAAAUAUAUCGAAGAGACAAGCCCGGUUUCUGCCCACCAAAUGAUGGCUCCGGACAUUGCGCUGAGCUUUGCACUUCUGACUACAGUUGCCCUGGUAACCAAAAGUGCUGCAGCAACGGCUGUGGUGGUAAUAGCUGUGACGAGCCUACCGCAGUCGACUGUUCAGCGGAGUAUUGUUCAAGACCAACCUGUAGCAACCCCGUCCGACCAUCCGGCCAGUGCUGCGCAGUCUGUCUAUACUAGACCAGACAGUUCGGACAGGGGGAUCGACGCUAGGGGUCGCUUUCAUGGUGCGGAGCGGUAUAGCUGUGACGUCAUCGUUUUUUAAAAAUAAUUCCGAUUUAGGAUCUUCGAUUCUUAAAUUCUAAGCAUUUGUUUGCAAAGAAAUUGCGCAUGUAACAAUGCGACUAGAUGCGUUGUCAUUAAUUUAGCUUUUAAUAAAGUGUCUUAAAGAAAACCAA